CUGACAAGAGGACAGGCCUCGGUGGUGCCAAGGGGCACGGGUCCAAGAUACCGCUAUCGAUUUGUAAAGGUUGUACGGGACCGCUCGACACGGUAUCUUUGAAAACCAAAACACCUGAGAAUCUUUCAAGAUGGCUGCGAAUGUCAUCACACUCACGACGAUACUCUUACUGAGUUGGCUUCCACUUCUAGAUUUGCAGUGUGUCGGCCCAAAGGGUGCACCAGGCCCACAAGGCCCAAAAGGUGGUGUGGGCGACUCAACUGACGCUGACUGGCGUAACGUCUUGCCCGUCCGCAACUGGCGACAGUGCACGUGGGAUUAUGGCGACGGUAGAGAUUCUGGCGUCAUUUACACCUGUCAGUUCGAGAAGAAAUUUGACAGUACUUCCAUAUUCAUGGCCUACGGUGGUAACACAAGAAUAACCAACUGCCACGGUUGCUGCGGUCGCUGGUACUUCACCAUUAAUGGUGCUGAAUGCAGUAAUCCUCAAGUCAUAGAUGGGACCGUGUAUAUGGCGCACUUUACUGCGGCUGACCUCCACCGCCACCGAACGGUGCAAGGGUACUGUAAUGGAAUAAGUGCCGGUUGGAUUGACGUCACCUUUAACGUGGGCAACUGUAACGGCUAUGGCAGUUAUGAUUUGUACACGGGAUGGAAUAGUGUGUCUCGGAUAGUGGUGGAAGAGUUUCCUGCCUCCCCUUAUGGCUAAGCGUAAAUGGAGGCAGAGUAGUCUGGUGGUGCCGAUUUGUUUCAGUUGUGGACGUAUAUAACUUGAAAUUCCUAUCGAAGCCUAUAGUUGACCCCCCCCCCCCCCCCCAUCCUAAAGGUGCGCCCUCUGACGUUUCCCCAAGUGAUUAUCGCAGUCAUGUGAUCAGGUGGUCUUCACGCAAAAUGGUCUCACGUGAUCCUUUUUAAACGAUCCCGAAUCCCAUACGAGUCAUUGAUGAGGCGCAUACCAAAACUUGCUACAUUUGAGUUGAGAGAAUCAAUUCCGCUUUAACUUUAUUUCUUUGUUAGAACAACAGAUAAGUUAAUCCCAAAAUAAUACUUUUUUGUGUGCUUUACUUUUUGUUUUGUUUGUGGAAAAAGAAUUGUGAUUAUUAUUUCGAGGAAUGUUGUGCACAAAAUGACCUCUAACCCCAAUUUCCCCUUAUCCCACCCCAACGAGUUGGUAUAUGCAUGUUUUGGACCACGAGCAAUCGAUCUAGCCUAUUUGCGACGGUAAACUUUUGCCUCUAAAUAGGAGCUGUGACAUUAGGGAAACAUUGAAAUGUCUUCUUAAUGUCCGGUGUCUCCCUAAGGUAUAACUGAUGAGGAAAAUGUCUCCUUAAGGGUACAUUUACACGGAAUUUACUAAAUGUAUGUUAAUUAAUAAUUAUGAAUAGGUAUAUUUUGACGCACUACGUUGUUGUCUAUAUAGAUUCAAAAAAGAGGUUUUUAACACCAAUCGAAUUAUAUACAACGUAUUAAUUAUUAGAGUGCAGCUUUAGUUGGCUGCGACAAAGCUUCACUUACUAGUCUUGAAGUUAUACGAUUUUGUCCAUAGUCAUUUAAAUUAGUGUUGUCUGAAAAUACGAGGGGACUUAAUUAACCAUCAAGGAAGAAGGAAAGAACAUAGCAUUUAUUACCGGAGAAACUCGGUGGAAUAGCCGAGACAAUAAAACAUUACACCUGCACGUUA